UUGGUUCACGACGGUUGAAGAGCGACAAGCUCCGGGCACAUCGCACUCCCUCCUAGUCGCCCGCCAGAUUCCCUGGAGACUGCGGAAUCAAUGCCGAGGUUCUACCGCUUCAUCCUUCAACGACAACAACGUCUCUCCCCCGCGCCGCGCUGCUUCUGCUCAGAUAUCGUCAGCAUCCAGCUAAGCACUUCCUCCGCUCAGAGCCAGGGUAAUGGCCACCCAGAAUGCCGACGAACAGACGCAUCCUCCGCCUCAACCAGACCUAGAGGCUACAUAUACUCACCUGUCCCGCUACCCGUUCUCCACCGAUCCAGAAUAUCAAGCUGGCCUCGCAACCAUCCUAGGUCAUCAGGACACACCUGCAACCCCGGAAGAAUUACGCGAGAAAUCAGACCUGGUGCUUCAGGCACAAUGCUUCUAUUUCUCAAGGAAGUUUCACAUCACGCCGCCGGUGACUCCCCAAGCGUAUUCAGCCUGGCUACAAUCCCAACCACAUCCGCAUCCACACCUGCAACUAUUCCAACCUCAGACCCAGUCUGAGACUUCCACUUCAGCACCUCAACCGACAUCACCGUCAUCAGCGCCGUCUUCGCCGCCUCGAGAAUCCUCUCAAACAGUCGCUUCAGCCUCUGCCUCCGCAAACACCACCGCGCCAGCUCCUUCGGAAGCAGCUCAAGACCCACCCUACCCCACCUCCUUCGCGGCAAUUGUGGACCUUAUAACGCGCAACCUCCCUGUCCCAGGGAUAGAAGAGAUCCCGCCCACUGUCCUGGAACCAGGGUCGAGCAAGAUCGACAAGACACCGAGGAGAAAGAAACCGUGGGAGAAAGAUGUGGACGUCGUGACAGAGUCGGAAGAACAACAGUCGCAGGCUGAAAUAACAUCAUUGGAGGCUGCUGACAUACAAGUCACCGUUGCGAAUGAGCAGGGCGGUGAAGCUGGAUCUGAGCCCGAAGGGACCGACAUCAACGGACACAAAAUCGCCGACGAAGGGUUGGUAAAGAUUCUUCAACCCAAUGCCAUCCCGGACAGCGGACUGCUCAGCAGAGACUGAAUGGACACUCUUGAAGAAACAUGCAAUCUAUGCCCGGCCGGGAUGUAGACAGAUACCAUGCGAUCGACGACUCCUCACAGUUCUGUCACGCCCUGUGGCCUUUUCCCCUGCGUGACGAGGUUGUUUGGCGCGCAAGAGCAUUCCGCCCAUCGCCCACUCCAAAGAGAGGAGGGGGAGUUAUAGCCUGUGCUUUUGAUUGACAGGUAUCGGACACGCUAGGUAGUAUGUGGAACCUCACCACGCCUCCCACAACAUCCACGGGCAAGGCAGACUUCAAAUGCUGAACGAGACACAUGUCACACUCUGCCACAUGGUCAGGCUCAGCCAGGCGGAACGUACAGCCGCGUGAAGCGAUCCAUAUGAACUGUAGGAAAGGGGGUUAACCGUGAUGGAAACCUUUGUCUCGUGGCCUACGGCACAUUGGUGACGCCUCGUAUGCAUUAUAUUGUACCAGUGCAGUGAGGCGCUCAUGGAUGGAUUCCGAUCUUCAGAACCGCUACUGAAGCUGGAGGGCAGACCCUAUUGCAAAGGAAGAACACGAACUCUUUGGUACGCUUGUUCAGCUAUGAUGUUCACUAUCUGCUACAUUGUCCUCUUCAUUCUGGAUGUUUCAUCAUGCCACUGGUAAAUACAUGCUUGGUCAAUUUUCCCCUUCAUUUCUUUCGGCGGGCAUGGACAACUGUCAAAGACACGAUAUGAUACACAGUCAUCCGCCAUGACCGAUGGACAUUGACGUCGAUAAUGCUGCUCGCCCGGAACUAUUGCCGCCAACAAGUUGUGACCCCGAAAGCAAACACCCACGCGCGGCAGAUGUUUGGUGGGUUGUUCGUAUCGUCGGCACGUAUGAAACAUUCCUUGUCGAUAUGGAGAAACACAUACAGUCGAAUAUCCUUGUCCGAUAAGAGUUGGAUGGAAAUGAACAACCAAGAGGUCCGAGCCAAGAUAAGAGACUGGCUUCAAAGGCCCGAUUAGGAUUCUCCUUCCCAUCGGUCAUGGCAGUGG